GAAACCCUAGCAUUAUCCCGUUGCAGCCAGAAGCCAUUUUUUCCGGCGGUCACCGUUCUUCUCCGGCCAGUGUUAUCCAAGUUUGUUCAGAGCCGAAAUGUAUCUCCAAUUUUACAUAAACGAAAACGGUGACAAAGUUUACACCACCAAGAAAGAAUCACCACUUGGGUUGGCCACACAAUCUGCUCAUCCUGCUCGUUUUUCACCAGAUGACAAGUUCUCACGGCAACGAGUUCUGUUGAAGAAGCGAUUCGGAUUGCUGCCAACGCAAAAACCAGCCAAGAAGUAUUGAGCAACUUUCUGAUGGCUCUACUUUUAGAAACUAUGGUCAUGUAAGUUUAGUUGCUGCAACCCCACUUUAAGUUGUACCCGAUUGUUUUCAUUCACAUGGUCGGAAUCUAGAAAAUGGUAAAAAUGCUACUGUUAGAGUGUAGUUUUAUAAGAGAAUGCUGGAAAUUUAUGGUGUGGAAAUUUAUGGUUAGGUUUUGCCAAGAAAACCCCAAGUGAUCAACUUGGUUUCAUUUUAAAGACUCCAUUGUUGCACUUAUUGCUGUGAAAUAUGCUGCUUGUUGGACAUGGAGUUUUUAAAUUUUCGGCGGUUAAAAAAGUACGUUGAAAUGGCGUUUAUAUUCU